ACAUAUUUAAAAAGUUGAGAAUUAGGAAAACCCUUCCAGAGCCCUACAAAGUAGAACGUCAAACUGCGGGUGAGGUAGCGUCGGAACCAACCGGAGACUAGCGCAGGAAGCGACAAUGAUCAUCCCAGUGCGUUGCUUCACUUGCGGAAAGGUGAUUGGAAACAAAUGGGAUCGUUACCUCGAUCUUCUACAGGCUGACUAUUCCGAAGGGGAUGCACUUGAUGCACUGGGUUUGGUUCGUUACUGCUGUAGGCGAAUGCUCAUGACUCAUGUUGACCUUAUUGAGAAGCUUCUUAAUUACAAUACCCUGGAUAAGUCUGAUACCAGUUAGGCGGGGGAGAAGUUAUAUGCUUAUUCAUGUGCAGCAGUCAGUAUUGACGUUUUAUGGUGUCUGAGUCAAGAGAAAAGAA